CUCAUUCAUUCAUUCAUGGAGCUCUCAAAUCCCCCAACUCUCUCUCUUUCCUCAUGUUCUCGCUGUCCUUCUUCUUCUUUAUUCAUCUGCAGAUCGCAGAAGCAAACAAAUAAUUCGAUCUUAGUGAAAUCAAACUUCGUAGCGAGCAAGCUCAGCUUUAGUUUCCUCAAAAAACCGUUAAUUUGGCUCCAAAAAAACGCUAUCAGAGCUCAAACAUCGAACCGGGCUGGAGAUGCAGGUUUCUUCCUCGAAGAUGUUCCUCACUUAACCGACUUCCUCCCCGAUUUACCUGCAUACCCAAAUCCUUUGCAGAAGAGUUCAGCGUAUGCAAUUGUUCAGCAGCACUUUGUUGACCAAGAAGAUGCGGUAGCACAAAAAAUUGUUGUACAGAGGAACAGCCCAAGAGGAGGACACUUUCGGCGUGCAGGUCCUCGAGAAAAGGUUUAUUUCAAGGAUGAAGAAGUAAGAGCUUGCAUAGUGACAUGUGGUGGCUUGUGCCCGGGUAUUAAUACUGUGAUUCGUGAGAUAGUAGGUGGCCUGAAUUAUAUGUAUGGCGUUGAUGACAUCCUCGGAAUUGAGGGAGGGUAUAAAGGCUUCUACUCUAGGAAUACCAUGCGUUUGACCCCAAAAGUUGUCAAUGAUAUCCAUAAACGUGGUGGGACUUUUCUUCGCACUUCACGAGGAGGUCAUGACACCAAAAAGAUAGUUGAUAGCAUUCAAGACCGGGGGAUUAAUCAGGUGUAUAUAAUUGGAGGUGAUGGUACUCAAAAAGGAGCUGCUGCUAUUUACAAGGAAGUAGAGAAACGUGGUCUCCGAGUUGCAGUUGCCGGAAUCCCCAAGACAAUUGAUAAUGAUAUUGCAGUGAUAGACAAAUCUUUCGGUUUUGAUACUGCUGUAGAGGAAGCACAGAGAGCCAUAAAUGCUGCACAUGUUGAGGUUGAAAGUGUGGACAAUGGAAUUGGUAUUGUGAAGCUUAUGGGCCGCUACUGUGGGUUCAUUGCUAUGUUUGCAACUUUGGCAAGUCGUGAUGUGGAUUGUUGCUUGAUUCCUGAGUCUCCAUUUUAUCUUGAGGGCCAGGAUGGACUUUUCAAAUAUAUUGAACAGCGGCUUAAAGAAAAUGGGCACAUCGUUAUUGUGCUGGCAGAAGGUGCUGGACAAGAGAUGGUUGCUCAAAGCAUGGAUGCAGUUGAUGCGAAAGAUGCAUCAGGGAAUAGGCUACUCCUAGACGUUGGGCCAUGGCUUUCUCAAAAGAUCAAGGAUCAUUUCGCAACGAACCCAAAGAUGGCAGUAAAUCUCAAGUAUAUAGAUCCAACAUACAUGAUCCGAGCUAUUCCAAGUAAUGCAUCGGACAAUAUCUACUGCACUCUUCUUGCACAUAGUGCAGUUCAUGGAGCCAUGGCAGGGUUCACAGGCUUCACAGUUGGACCGGUAAACAGUAGACAUGCGUACAUACCAAUCAAUCGUGUGACUGAGACUCAAAACACAGUUAAGCUGACAGACAGGAUGUGGGCUAGACUUCUUGCCUCAACAAACCAACCAAGUUUCUCGCGCUAUGAUGAGGUCAUGAAGCAAAAGGUUGAUCAAGAAACUGUUCAAAUGCUUGACAACAUGACAAACUCUUCUGUGCAGUUGCCAUGAACAUGUGCAGCGAAAUUGGCAAAACCUGCAUGAAGUAGCAUCAUCUCUUAUUUUUUGCUAGCCAAAUAAAAUAAGAGCACUUCACUGCCUGGUGCAGCUCCAUGGUCGUCUUUUAACCUAAUGUGAUAUACAAUACAGGUUCAUGAGGACCAUCUUUUUUAAACAGUGCUUUACUUGAGUGUUAGCCUUUUUAGCCUCAA